GGAGUAGUGGAACCGACAAUGUCCACUCUGUUUCCAUCCCUCUUCCCACAAGUCACUGAUUCCCUCUGGUUUAACUUGGACCGACCUUGUGUGGAUGAGAAUGAGCUACAGCAGCAGGAACAGCAGCACCAGGCCUGGCUGCUGAGCAUAGCAGAAAAAGACACUGGUUUGGUGCCUAUAGGAAAGCCAGCUUCAGAGCCAUACGAUGAGGAGGAAGAGGAAGAUGACGAGGAUGAUGAAGACAGCGAAGAAGAUUCAGAGGAUGAUGAGGACAUGCAGGACAUGGAUGAAAUGAAUGAUUAUAAUGAGUCUCCAGAUGACGGCGAGAUAGAAGCUGAUAUGGAGGGAGCUGAACAAGACCAGGAUCAGUGGAUGAUUUAAGCAGCCGUAGCAGGAAAUAGAAAUCCUGUGUAUCUGUGACCCCCGGCCAGGAUAUUUAUUUAUUAUUUAAGAAGCCAAUCAGCAAUGCAGCCUGUAAUGGUACAAGGCUAUACCUACUUGCUGGCGCCAUAUUUGUAUUAAGUCUUGAUGUGUGACUGUGAGAAGAUGAAAAAACUCAUACUGAAAACCUAUUAUGGAUUUUGAUUGGGCAGUGCCAGCUCUGUGUGUGGUUUAAUUCUGCCGAAGGACAGAGGUGUGGGCUGUAGAAAUAAACCUUCACAUGUUUCUCUUUGGUACAUCCCGUAAUCCAGGAGCCUGCUUGCCAUUAACUCCUAUUGCUUCCCCUUUCCCAUAACCUUCAAGGAAUUCCUGAUAGAAUACAGGCAGUGCACCAGCUCUGGUGGAACCAAGGCUCCCAUAAUCCUCUGGGAACCUGGAAGGCUGUCGGUGGCACUUUCUCUGCCACGAUAAUAAUGGAAACUCUCUGAGAAGCCAAAAAAUAUGUAUAUUGGGAAUGUGGGAUCCCAUGAGACCUUUUAUACCUGUAAUACAAAUAACCGCUAAUAAAUUGUUUUAUUUUUGUUUUUUUAAUGUAA